GUUUGGCCCAUGUCACCGUGCUGCUGCGUCUAUACUAACUAUAGGUCUGACUGAGAGGUCAGAUCCGUUACAUUGCGUUCUGAUGACUUAGUUCAACUUCUCGCUUUCAGUUCACACAUAUAUCAUCCCAUCUUUGCGCAGGCCCAUCCUACCCUCUGCUGAGCUCGUCCAGCCACCCGCCAUGCCAGUCAAAAGCCUUCAACACAUGUGUCGAGACCACUUGAUUCGGUGGAAGAGGGGUAUUGAGGACAUAUGGAUUGUGCCCUAUGAAGUUGCACGUGAGGUCUUGCUUACGAUCGAAAAUCCAGAUCAACUGCGCCGAAUAGAACUCAGUUCUCCGCAGAUUAUCGGCGAAGACGGCGAAAUAUGGUUGUCCUUCAUCAAGCGCGACAUCCCCGACUGGCACCUCAAACCCCACGAACCCAGUGACCCGAAGGACUGGUGGAAAGUCUACCGCAAACUGGCUGAGGAAGUCCGCCAGAGCGCCCUUGCGGCCGAAGCCAUGCUCAAAGCCUCGCUAGCGGACAUCAAGAAUGAGAAAGAACAAAACACCGCGGUUAUCGCAUCGGGUCGGCAUCGCCCGCUUCAAGGACCAAGUAGAAGAGCCAAGAUUCAUUACGACUACAUUAGCGGUCGGACCGGAAGCAAAGGUGCACACAAGAUGUCGUUGAUGGAGAAGAUCAGGAAGGAGGCCCGUGAUGCAAAAGCCUCCAAGAUGAACAGACCAAUGCACGAGUUGCACAAGAAAGCAACGGCCGUGAAAGCAGCACCGCAGCAGUUUGUCGAGGACAUGAAACGGAAGACGGCGAAGGUCAUGUCUCCCCCUCUGCCACCGGCUGCAGUGCGAACGUCGAGGCCACCAUUGCAUGCUCCCAGACCGGCUGCAUCUCCUGCUCAUGAAUCGUACGAUCUCACGGCGGAUCGGGAGGCGAGGCUGAGGGCGCUGAAGAAUGGCACUGCUCGUCCUGCAUCGGCGCCGGCAGCUGAUAAGCAACCUAACAGUAGCCUGACCUUGGAUUUCCUGGAGGAUUCGGAUGGGGAAGAGAAGGAAGUCGAACAACCGCGGAAGCAUUUGGAAGUCAGCGACGAGCGACCGAGGUCUGCCAGUCCCUUGAGACUGCAGCAGCGACCUACCAUGAAGAGGAAACAAGCUCCAUCACUCUUCAUGUCAUCAGCGAAACGUGUCGCAAAGCCACGGAAUAUCUCCUAGUGUAGGUGGUAUUUUUGUGGAUGUGCAUAUCAUGGAUUGGAAUCUCGCAAGGCGUUGGCAUGGCUAUUGGACUCAUUGGGAUAUAGAUUUAGCAAGGUGUUGGGCCGACUGUUGGAGUCAUUGGAAUGUAGAUUUUGGACAUAUUUCUCUUUUGGGGCAAUAUCCCUAUAAGAUUGGGCAUGGGCUUUGCGUGUCCUUG